AUGCCUCCUGCAUCAAGCCAGAAGGGCACCGGCAAGAAGGGCGCCGGUGCCAUCGCCCGCCAGAGGAGCCGUAACACCACGCCCAGCUCCGUCCCGCCGCCCGCCUCCCUCCCCCCGAUUGACGUCAAGCAGACCGAGUACCUCGACCUCAACUACGACUCCUUCCGCAACCUCACCUACGAGGAUGUCGUCGACCAGAAUGCCAUCUCGUCGGGCAUGCCCGAGUCCAAGAAUCUCGAUGGCAUGAUGACCCGCCUGCAGCGCCUCCAGGAGACCCUCGAGCGACGUCAUAACUUCUGCGACCGUGGCAUGAGGCUGCUCGUGCCUCUCCUCAGGGCCAGGCUGGACGACGAGCGGUCCAGGGAGGAGGAGCGCCUGCGCAGGGAGGCCGCAGAGGACGACGAGCGCGCCCGCAAGGCCAACAAGGCAAACAAGGCAAACAAGAAGAAGAGGAAGGCCGCCGACUCGCUUGCGCCCCACGAUACCAACCUGGAACGGUCAUCCCCACUGCGCGAUUCCAACAAACCCAGGAAACUGUCACGCGACAACGACUCCACCUCCUCUUCCCUGUCCCCCGUUGCUCCUGCUACCCCCGGCGGCGGCGCCAUGGAUGUCGACGACAAGGAAAAGUCCAAGAAGAAGGUCAAGGCCAAGGCCAAGAAGGAGCAAGAGUCGUCUGAUGAUUCCGAUUCCAGCUCUGACGACGAGGGUGCCCCGCCCCCCAAGGCAAUACCACAGAGCAACAUGUUUGGAGACGACCCCUCGACCUUCCCAGACCCCACCGUGUACGAGGUCACCAAGGUUGACUGGAAGAACAUGGUGGACGAGGAAAUCAGGGAGGCAACAUCUGUCGCGACCUACCCCAGAACCGAUCUGGCCGAUCAGAUUGCCGGCGUCCCACCAGACAAGGACUACAGUGUCGCCAAACCCACCAACCAGAUAUCCUUCUCCACAUUCUCAACCUACGUUGAGCCAUACUUCAGGCCUUUCACCGAGGAAGACCUCGCAUUCCUGCGCGAGCGCGGCGACCGCGUGACCCCCUUUGUGAUCCCCAAGCGGGGGAAAAAACACUACACGCAGAUCUGGGCAGAGGAGGACGACCACAUGGCCAUUGACCUGCCCGAGAAACCUCAGCCAAACGCACCCCGCGGGAGUAUCGAGCACAUGACGGAUGAUAUUGCUGAGUCCGACAAGCUAUCAGUCGGGCCGUUGCUCUCGCGCCUGAUGCAGGCCAUGAGGCCCGAACGGCGGGCCGUCGCCAGUGAAGAUGGCAAACUCAUCACCAACGGCGUCAACGGCGAGGCCGGCAGUAGUAUGGACCUGUCCAUGAAUGGCAUCGACAGCGUCGAUACCGCGGCCCCGCCCGUCUUGCAACCCAACGGCCAGCCAUCUGAGCGGGAGCUCUCGCCCGCGGCUCACAUGCCCGAAUCCAACUCCGAGCACUGGAAGAAGGCCACCCACCCCAAACUGGACUAUAACCAGGUUGACGAGCGCAUCAAGCAGGAGCUUCGACAUAUUGGCUUUCUGCCCGCGCCCGCAGAUGAAUCGGAACAACCACAACCUGAAGAUGCCCGGGCUGAUUACGAUGGCGCCUACGACGACGAAGUCGCUGGCCGGCUGCGGCUCCUGCAGAGCCGUCUCCGCGAGCAGAUGCUCAUCAACGGUGCCCGCAAGGCGAAACUCUCGGACCUUGUUCGUGAGCGUAUGGCUCAUCAGGAGUACCAGACCAUCCUCGAGGACCUCGACAGCCAGGUGCAGGCAGCAUACCUGAAGCGGACGCGCACCAUGGGCAAGACCAAGAAGAAGUCAAGGCCGGGCGCCGCUGUGCAGGCCGCCUCAGGGGUGGCCAGGCCGGGCAUCGGUGAUCUCACCAAGACGCUGAUGGAACGCCGGCGGAGAUGGAUCGAGAGCAUUGGCACCGUCUUUGAUGGCGAGAACCUAGGCAAGGUGCCGCGGGCGAGCGAGCCCGGCAGCUCCAUCUUCAAACAGCCCGAGAUCGCCGAGUUCAUCAAGAGGGAGAACCAGAGGUGGGAUGAGGAUGACGAGUAA